UUCAAAGCACUAGUUGGCAAGGAUGUCGUUGUUGAACUAAAGAACGACCUUUGUAUCCACGGUACUCUACAUUCCGUAGACCAAUACCACAAUUUCCGUCUAACUGACAUUACUGUUACAGAUCCCGAAAAGCAUCCAUAUAUGCUUUCUGUGAAAAACUGUUUUAUCCGUGGCUCCAUUGUUCGAUACGUCCAGCUUCCGGCCGACGAAUGUGAUGUUUAUGAGCUGCAGAACGCAUCCAGAAAGGCGGCUACUAUCGGAAAACAGCAGCAACAGCAACAACAACAGCAAGCUGUAUAG